GAUUGUUGAUUAUUUGUGUUUAUCUGAUUAUUGUUCUUCGUUUCUCUGUUGAUUGAUGCUAUUUGUUUUGAUUGCGAUGAAUUUGUUUUUUCGGUUUUGGUUUUGUUGAAGCUUCAAAAAAUUUGUCUUUUUUAAUUUUUGUGUUUGAUUAGUUGACUAUUUGAUGUGUUUGAUUUGUUCUGUAAAUGUAUAGCAAAUGUGAUGUAUUGUUGUUGCGGAAAUUGGUGGAAUUAGGUUACUGAAAUUAGGGUUUAAUUUGACUAGAAUGGGAUUUUUUUGCACGAUUUGAUGUUUGAAUUUAGGUUAUUUUGUAUAAAUUUUGUUGGGUUGACAAGGACCAGGUUAGUUCAGUUUCGAUCCCUUUGUAGUUUAGGGUUUGGGAUUUUUAUGGCAGGGUAUUGGGAGUUGGCCCAUGUUGUUGAAGUGGGAAGUUUUAUUCAUCUUGAAAGUAGUUUUCUGGUUAUUAUUUGGGCUGGAAAUCUCGGGUUUAAGAGCAUUGCGAUAUAUUGAUGAAUUGGAAAAGGGAUUUUCAUCCCAUCUUCCUAACCUUACAGUAUACAUUGCUUGUUUGGCAUAUUGGAAAGGUAAAGUUUCGUUGCAGCGCCUCGACGGUUCUGAAUGCUGGAUAGCUAAACCAGCCACUCUGUUGGGUAAAGUGUGGUGCUUGAUUUUUGCUACCUUUUUAAACUCUGCUAUACAGUGCCUGUAUCGUAUCUGGGGAAAUUAAUUUUUCGUAGGAUCCACUCAAUUGUUCAGUAUGUUAGGUAGCUUAAUUUGCAAUACUAUUGGUCUAAUGGGUAAAGCUUGUUGCUUGAUUAGAAACUUUUAAUAUUAUGUGUGAUGUGAUUUAUAUUUUGUUCACACUUCAUGCAUAGAAUGUAAUGUGAUUGAAGCUUCAUUGUGGUAGCGUUGUGCUAAUUUUUCCUCUUAGUUCGGGUUCUUUAAUAUUCGAGUAGCCUUACUCCAAUUUAUAGUCACUAUCACUUUGUUAGUAGAACAGAAGCCAUAAGGUGCAUAUAGAAUUUUCUUUUUUCUAACAUUUUCCCCUUUUGAUUUAGUUUUGAAGGCUGUAAGUAUGGCGUUCUUCAGUAAAGUUGGGAAUAUACUCAAACAAGAGUGUGAGUAAAGUUGGAUAAUUUCUAAUUUUAAUAUAUUUCCUUUUCCAUUAAAAAAAAAGAUAAAUUUGAUGGAAGCCUUGUUGAGUGCGCAUGUUGUGAAGGUUCCUGUUUGUCAUGUAAAGCAGUGUAAUCACUCUUUACUCACUCCCUCUCCUCCGAGAUUAAUUGGAAAACUACAUCGGAGUGCAUUUGGGAUGAUGAAUAGCUCCAAAUUGACAAAUUCAGUUACUGCUUCAAUCCAGCCAGUGGAAGCUUCAACCACUGAACGGUUUGACAACACACUACCAUCCAAAGAAGUACUUGGCUUAUGGAGAAAUGUAGAUGCUGUUUGUUUUGAUGUUGAUAGCACCGUGUGCGAAGAUGAAGGUAUUGAUGAAUUUGCUGAGUUUUGUGGAGCUGGAAAAGCAGUUGCUGAGUGGACAUCAAGAGCAAUGAAUGGAUCAGUUACCUUUCAAGAGGCACUAGCUGCUAGGCUAUCUUUAAUAAACCCAACCCUUUCCCAACUCCAGGAUUACCUAGAGAAGAGGCCUCCAAGACUAUCUCCUGGCAUAGCAGAGCUGGUUAGGAAGCUUAAGGCUAAGGGCGUUGAUGUUUAUCUGGUCUCAGGAGGCUUCCGGCAGAUGAUUAAUCCUGUUGCAUCGAUCCUUGAAAUUCCACUCGAAAACAUUUUUGCCAAUCAAAUGCUUUUUGGAGACUCCGGAGAGUUUCUAGGGUUCGAUGAAAAUGAGCCUACUUCAAGGAGUGGAGGAAAACCCAUAGCAGUUCAACAAAUACGGAAGGCUCGUGGGUACAACACGUUAGCCAUGAUUGGUGAUGGAGCUACGGAUCUUGAGGCUCGUCAACCUGGGGGUGCUGAUUUGUUCAUCUGCUUUGCUGGAGUUCAACUUCGAGAGGCGGUUGCUGCGAAAGCUGACUGGCUAGAUUUUAAUUUUAAAGAUCUUAUCAAUUCCCUGGACUAGCUUAACCUUCUAGAAAAAGUAUCACCAUUUUUUCUUCAUUUCCUGCUCUUCCGGUGCCUCUUGAGAGCGAGGAAGUAUAGAGGUUUUAUUUCAGUCAAAAUAUUAGAUAGAUGCACAACAUAUAACAUAACACAUCAGCUGCAACACCGUCCACAACCCUCCUACUUUAAAGGCGUACACCACUGAAGAUCGGUAUAACAUCUCGACAACUAUAACUUCUUUACAACCUGAGAGAGACCUUCUGGUGCAGUGGCUCAAAGGUCACCUAACAUCCUUGAUGUGCGAAGUUCGAUUCUAAUCAGUCAUGAAUCCCCCUCCCCUUAGCCCCCGGGCAUUGUGAGUCAGGCUUCCUGUGAUAGGAGACUCGAUUGGAGGCCUAGUUAUUGUUACUGGGUAACAUCAUCCUAUUCUAAAAUAAUGGAGUUUUAACUCUUGAUUACUCAAAAGAUUUACCCAGAUUUACCCAAUAAAGAGGUUUGUAUGUGUCUUAAUUUUUUC